GUUGAGUACUUCUAAUAGCAGGGCAUAGGGGAAGGGAAGCCAGCAAAGAGACUUAGAAACUGUGUCCAAGUCAUUUCUGGGACCAGGGAUGGAAAUGGAUUCUUCUGUGGAGAGACUUGCCUUGGCAGCUUCUCUCCAAGAUAAAAUGGCAAACCCCAAAGAGAAAACUCCAAUGUGUCUGGUAAAUGAGUUAGCCCGUUUCAAUAGAGUCCAACCCCAGUAUAAACUUCUGAAAGAAAGAGGGCCUGCUCAUUCGAAGAUGUUCUCAGUGCAACUGAGUCUUGGUGAGCAGACAUGGGAAUCCGAAGGGAGCAGCAUAAAGAAGGCCCAACAAGCUGUUGCUAACAAAGCUUUGACUGAAUCAACACUUCCCAAACCAGUUCAGAAACCACCCAAAAGUAAUGUUAAUAAUAACCCAGGCAGUAUAACUCCAACUGUGGAACUGAAUGGGCUUGCUAUGAAAAGGGGAGAGCCUGCCAUCUACAGGCCAUUAGAUCCAAAGCCUUUCCCAAAUUAUAGAGCUAAUUACAACUUUCGGGGCAUGUACAAUCAGAGGUAUCAUUGCCCAAUGCCCAAGAUCUUUUAUGUUCAGCUGACUGUAGGAAAUAAUGAAUUUUUUGGGGAAGGAAAGACUCGACAAGCUGCUAGACACAAUGCUGCAAUGAAAGCCCUUCAAGCACUGCAGAAUGAACCUAUUCCGGAAAAGUCACCUCAGAAUGGCGAAUCAGGAAAAGAAAUGGAUGAUGACAAAGAUGCGAAUAAAUCUGAGAUCAGCUUAGUGUUUGAAAUUGCUCUGAAGCGAAAUAUGCCCGUCAGUUUUGAGGUUAUUAAAGAAAGUGGACCACCGCAUAUGAAAAGCUUUGUUACUCGGGUGUCAGUGGGAGAGUUCUCUGCAGAAGGAGAGGGAAAUAGCAAAAAACUUUCCAAGAAGCGCGCUGCCACCACCGUCCUCCAGGAGCUUAAGAAACUUCCACCUCUUCCUGUGGUUGAAAAGCCAAAAUUAUUUUUUAAAAAACGCCCUAAAACAAUAGUAAAGGCUGGACCAGAAUACGGUCAAGGAAUGAACCCCAUUAGCCGCCUGGCUCAAAUUCAACAGGCCAAAAAGGAAAAGGAGCCAGAUUAUGUUCUGCUUUCAGAAAGAGGAAUGCCCCGACGUCGGGAGUUUGUGAUGCAGGUCAAAGUAGGCAAUGAAGUUGCUACUGGAACAGGACCUAACAAAAAGAUAGCCAAAAAAAAUGCUGCAGAAGCAAUGCUGUUACAGCUUGGUUAUAAAGCAUCCACUAGUCUUCAAGAUCAACUUGACAAGACAGGGGAAAACAAAGGAUGGAGUGGUCCAAAGGCUGGGUUUCCUGAACCAACAAAUAACACUCCAAAAGGAAUUCUUCAUUUGUCUCCUGAUGUUUAUCAAGAGAUGGAAGCCAGCCGCCACAAAGUAAUCUCUGGCACUACUCUAGGCUAUUUGUCACCCAAAGAUAUGAACCAACCCUCAAGCUCUUUCUUCAGUAUAUCUCCCACAUCGAAUAGUUCAGCUACAAUUGCCAGGGAACUCCUAAUGAAUGGAACAUCUCCUACAGCUGAAGCCAUAGGUUUAAAAGGAAGUUCUCCUACUCCCCCUUGUUCUCCAGUACAACCUUCAAAACAACUGGAAUAUUUAGCAAGGAUUCAAGGCUUUCAGGUUCACUACUGUGAUAGACAAAGUGGCAAAGAGUGUGUGACCUGUCUGACAUUAGCCCCUGUGCAGAUGACUUUCCAUGCUAUUGGAAGCUCCAUUGAAGCCAGCCAUGACCAGGACCCUGUUUUCUGGAAUGUUAUAUAAGGGAAUUGGUUAGAUGACUUACAAGACCCACUCCAGUGCUACCGUUUUGAUUCUGUGACUGAUCUUCCUGCUCCUGGUUAAAUGAAACCAACCAAUAAUAAGCAGUUGACAGCAUAUUGACCUUGAAAGCAGUUUUGAGAUGACUGCAGUGCUUCUCCGAGUUUGGCCCUGACAUACGCUCCCGCUGCAGGAAAGCAUGCAGCAGCAGUAGAGGGAUGGGACCUAACCAAACUUACAGAAUACACUUCCUGUAUAAAACGAUAACUUAGCUGUAUGCUAGGUUCGGGAGAAAUGACAGGAAUGUUGGACAUGGUUCCUGCUGUCGUGGAGCCUGCAAUCUAGCAACUUUACUACUUUGAAUAUUUACCAAAAAGUCUAGCGACUGCUGUACCCCCCUAUAUCCAUUCAUGGCAGAAACAGAUGCAAUAGCAGCACGAGAUAACCAUCCUGCAAAGGCCUCUCCUUCAGCCAAGCAAAGAAAUGAAAGUGCUUCAGAAGCCCACACACCUGAGAAGAGCAAGAGCAACCCACUGUUAGCAGAGGUAGCAUGUUGCUAUAAAAUGGCACUGGAAUGGGAAUAGAGACUGAGAUCAAACCUAGAUUUUCCAUGAAGUAGCCAUAGGAACUUGUCUCUACCUGUUGGAACUUGGCUUCUUCAGGAGUAAAAUAAUGAGGCUGGCUCAGGCUUAUGCCCAGUCCAUGUGGCCACAUAUACAAAGUGCUGGGUUGGUGUUAGUCCGUAUGGCACCUUUACAAAUAAAAAAAAAAAAAAAGAUGCUUCUACCUCAAGGUAUUUUAUUGCUAUCCAAAUCUGUAAGACCUAUAGCAGGAAUAGAACCCCCCACCCAACACACACACCCAUGAAGUGUUCAGUACAUAACCUGUACAACUGCACAUAGAGGUCUUAUACUUGAUCUAUCUGGAAUGUCAGUUUUACUCAAUGGUAAAUAAAUAAAGUUAUUUUUAUAUUAAAGCAAAUACAAUUGCAUUGGAAAUGAUGAACUUGCAUGAAAUUUUAAGGUAAAAAAAAACUUUUCAGGAAAGGCAUUGAUAAUGGUCAGAUGGAUGGAUGGAAGAUGGAUGGUUAGAUGCGUAAAUGAAGGGAGCUGUGACUGGAGUGGUCAUCCUGUCUGCCACAUGCUCUACUCUGGCAGCCUCUGAGGUACAAAUGGAAGUAGGGGCAUGAUCAGUGCUCCUCCCUGUACUUGGGUUAUCAGGCUCCCUGAGGAAGGGAGACACAGUGAACCUCUGCUCCACAUCCUGCAGCUUUUCUGCAUUAUGUUGCCAUUACCCUUUCCUCAUACUGAGGGUCUGUCUAAGCAACAAGUACUUCUUCACCAUACCAAAAGAAUAAACUUGAUCAUAAGUCGGAAAGGGUGGACCACUAAAUGCUGCUUCACCUAUUAAUCAGUAAAUACUGGAAAACAUUUUAAAGCAAGAAAAAUGAUGAUCACUUACAAAAUGUUUUCUAUUCUUAACUCAUUUGAGCCAAUGCAGUUGAGCAAACAAUAAGUAUUCUAGAAAAACUAUACGUAAAAUUUAGAGGCAGUCCUUCUUAUGAAACUCACGAGGUUCUUAUCUAUGUAGAAAAUGAAGGCGAGAAAUGGAAGAACUAUCUAGCCUUGAACAUUUACAGUUUACGUUCUAUUUUUAGAUUUAACUCUA